AUGGCCGCCCAAUGCAUCGACCCCUCCCUUAUUCUCCGCCAGACUAGUCCAUCGCGUUCAAGAACCCCCGCUCCGCGCUCUCAUACACCAUUUUCAUCCACAUGGAAUCCUAAUGCAUCGGCUCACCGUGGGCAUGCACAUUCGGCAUCUAUUCUGAGCCUCCCCCCAGCGCGUCUGACUCCGAGCGCUCUGCUCGACGGAUCGUAUCACUCUGGCACCAUCCAGCUCGAAUGUCUCCCGCUCAGUCCCGAAAUUGUUGGCCCGCCAACCCUUGUAAAGCAAUUCAGCGCCAACGGAGGUCAGCCCGCGCCAUAUCUCUAUGACCUCCUGCGAGGGAAGGUGGCUUUAGACAAUGGCGAGAGGUUGAUAUUCGCGGACCAGGGGUGGACAAGGACCUGCUGGAAGCUCGAUUGGCCUGGAUACGGCCUUGAAUCGCAAGCACAUGCCCUCAACGCAACACAACUUACCACUGGAGUGAUGGCGCUCGAGAUCGCAGCAUCAGUCAAGGACUUUUUGGGUAAUAAGAUGCAGGAAGAGUUAACACGAGGACCGAGUUACGCUCGGUGGUCGGCCUCCAACGUCCGCUUCAAAGACGUCCGUUUAUUGGCCAUCCACUACUACAGGAUUCCUAAACGCGGCUCAUCAGGAAACUUGUGGAUGUGGGUCUGGGUACCAGUGUUGGCAGUGAAUGCGGGUUGA